UGCGCAGAGAGGAUUACAUUCAAGGGAGAUGAAAGCUAUUGAUUACGUGGUUUUCUCGUGCUCCUUAUAAACUUUUUUCCCCUAUACGUUUGCUUAACUGAGUUCUAGUAUUCAGAGCAUUUGGAAGGAAUCUAAAGGAAUCGGAUUACAUUUUCCAAGAAGAUAAUCUCGGUGAAAAAUAAUCAGGUUUAAUUUUUUGCGAUGGCGCGGUGGUUUUUGAGACACGUGAUCUGCUCCAUCCAAUCAUGGCGCAGCAAUGAUAGCCAUAUCUUCUUUGUUCUGGAUUUAUCAACGUUGCUGACUAAUUACUCGUUUACAUUUUAUGGAUUUUUUAAUAUCAUGUUUUUAAUCGCUAGGGAAUGCUCUUUGUAUGCAAUGUAUUUAAAAGGAAGACGUGUUUUAUGGAGUUCCUGUUCAAAACUAGUUUUAAGCCACGCGAGUAGUUGUGUGGGUGAUCACAUGACCCUCCCUGCCCCCACUUCGAUCCAAUGAAUGGGGAAGAAGAAGUCGGACAUGUUUGAGGGAAAUGUGUUGAAUAAAGAAACGUGGCUGAAGACAAGAAGAAAAUCAGGAUUUUUCCAACAAUGAGGAUUUCGACAUAUAUUUUUUCCUUUUUGUUUUAGGUUCACUUAAUCUGGAUAGAGGUAUAUGUUAAGAUAUUUGGAUUUAUUUCCAAAUUUAGUUGUUUUAAAAGAUUAAUAAUUUAAUUAAGCGUUUUAAUGUAAAUAAUGUAUAGAUAACUAAUAAUUUGGCCUGUUUGGUGUUGUACUUUUGUUUCCCCACAAUGUAUGACAUUGUUUCAAAUCUGUAACCUUGGCAGUGGGGGAUGGGCGGCAGGACAUUUUUCUAAAAAUUUGUUCUAAACUCUUAAUUUGAAGAUCAGUUUAAAAUAAUGGUUCUUUUGCCAGAACAUUUACAUUUAGGCGUCUAACAAUUGAUAAUGGCUUCUUAAAAGAGAAUAUUUAAAGAAGUGUAGUUUAGUGUCCUCUAAAUGGUAAUUCGGCUGAUUUAAAAAUCUCGACAAUAUUAUUAAAUUAUGAUUUGCUUUGAUCAAAACGGCUUGAAAAUAUGAGGCGAAUCAAACGGAUUUUAAUAUUUAUUGAUGGUUUUGGCUGUGGUAGUAGGAUGAGCUCGACGUCGGCCUAAACGCAAUUGUUAUUUUUCCAGGAUUGUGUUAAACCCUCGACGUAAUUUCUAACAUUUAGGUCAUUUCUGUCUAAUUUGGUGUGUUUUGUAUAUAUUUUGGUCCUUUAGUAGUGUGUUAACCACUGCGGGUCGUCGUUCGAAGGACUAAAGUUGCUGCGUCAUUUAUGGAGGACACUCCUUGUAGGCCAUGUUGAAUCGACAGAGAAGGACAUCGCCUUGUCAGCUUUAGUAUGGGUUUGAGGUCGAUAUAUGUUUUUUUUUUUUACAUUGCGUUAAUGUGACGAUUAAAACAUGAUUGUAUAAUGUUGUUUUAAGCGUUCAAUUCGCUGUUUUUUUCCCCCUCUUUUUAUUUUCGAGACGAAGCACUAUCACGUGGUUGCCUUUAGACGUUUAUGUAGUUUUUAUGUAGUGUUUUGUUGUUUUUUCCCCACAGGCAGUCGAUGAGCAACAGUACAAGGCGAGGUGAUCUGUACCGUACGUGUAUGUGCCGCAUUUGUCUGUUACGCGUGACUAAUCUGGUGAACCAAUGGCGUAUUUCCAACCAGCCCCGGGUAAACGCGCCUUAGUUUUGUAGGACCUAUCAGCGAGGUCUGUUGACGUAACACUCAACUCUUCAGAAACGCAGUAUUUCUGGAAAUGGUAGCGCAACCUUAAGUGUUGUAAACUAUUCACUUAAAUGUUUCACUGUGUGUUGGUUAUAGUAGCGGUGUUGCUUAGACAAGUGUUUUAUUUGCGAAAUAUGAUUUAAAUCCACAAAUCGUGCUCCGGGGGAUGCGCGGGCGUGGCCCAUUUGACAGACAGGUUGAGUGGCCUAUAGAAUACGCGUAGGCGUAUACGAAUGGCGUUACAUCAGCCAAUGGAGCCGUCGACGGGUUUAUAAAAAGUCGGGCGGAGCCUCAGCCUCGCCAUUUCAUUGUAGCGCUGCGCUGGAGGAUAGAGGAAGUCAGAAAAACAAGGCCGCGAAACUCGGAUAUUCGAACGAAACCGGUUCAUAAACCGAAUCCGGAUCCAUCCCGAUGGAGACGGCCUUUAGCCCGCCCUUUGACAGCUCUUUGGGCGGGGGCGACGGCAUGCAGGGGGUCAUAAUGAUGGAUCAGACCAUCUCCGGACCCGGCAAGCGCAUCCGCAAGCCGUCGCUGCUGUAUGAAGGGUUUGAAGGACCUGCUCUGCCCCAGGUACCCCAAUCCGGACCCCCUCAACCUCCUGUACGGGACCCUAAUCGACAGGGCCGCAUGACUAACCAACUGCAGUUCCUCCAGAAGGCUUUACAGAAGACCUUGUGGAGGCAUCACUUCGCCUGGCCUUUCCAUGAGCCAGUGGACGCUUCCAAGCUCAACCUCCCUGAUUAUUAUAACAUCAUUAAGCAGCCCAUGGACAUGGGGACCAUCAAGAAAAGACUAGAGAACAAUUAUUACCGCAGUGCCAGCGAGUGCAUGCAGGAUUUCAACACCAUGUUCACCAACUGCUACAUCUAUAAUAAGCCAACAGAUGACAUCGUCCUGAUGGCCCAGUCUCUGGAGAAGGCUUUCCUGCAGAAGGUUGCACAGAUGCCCCAAGAGGAAGAAGAGAUUCCCUCACCUGUCCCGCGGGUCAAACCGGGCAAAAUUAAAAAAGGCCAGAGAUCAAUUUCAGGUGGAUUCACGACAGCUCAUCAGGUCCCAGCUAUAUCUUCUGUAUCCCAGUCGUCCUACUCCCCUCCCACUCCAGACACCCCCGACUCGCUCCUGUCCACCCCACCGCAGAUGCUUAUAACCAAGACUUUGCUUCCCACUUCACAUAGCACCCCUGCACUACUAAACCUGCCACCUACUCAACCUACUGCAAAGAAAAAGGGCGUCAAGCGCAAGGCAGACACGACCACCCCUACCACCACAGGCAUGCCCCUCACUAUGGGUAUAGGUGGCAUGGGUCUCGGCUUGGGCGGCGGUGACUCCCCGCUUACCAUCUCUGCUUUCAGUGCAGACCCCAAACAGAGCCUGUCCCUUGGCCUGAACCUGGGUCUUGGCGGAGGCCUGGUUGGAGACAAAGUUCCGGCAAGACGAGGUGGUAGUGGCAGGCCCAUCAAGCCACCACGGAAAGACUUGCCCGACUCCCAAAACCAACACCAGCCAGUGCGGCGUGUGAGGCUGACACAGCAGUUACGCUACUGCAGCACCAUUCUCAAGGAGCUGCUGUCGAAGAAGCACACAGCCUACGCCUGGCCCUUCUACAAGCCGGUGGAUGUUUCCUUACUGGGACUGCACGACUAUCACGAUAUUAUCAAGUGUCCCAUGGAUCUGAGCACUAUAAAGAGGAAAAUGGAUCAUCGGGAGUACCGGGAUGCAUUGCAGUUUGCUGCUGACAUCAGGCUAAUGUUUUCAAAUUGUUACAAGUACAAUCCCCCAGAUCAUGAUGUGGUGUCCAUGGCCCGAAAAUUACAGGAUGUCUUUGAGUUCCGCUUCGCCAAGAUGCCUGACGAGCCCCUGGAUUCCCUCCCACCUGCGUCCCUGGGCGGCGGCCUGGGCGGUCACUCCUCCUCUUCCUCCUCCUCUUCCUCCUCGUCGUCAGAGAGUGACGUGAGCAGUGAGAGUGAGAGCGAGAGCAGCCCGAGCUCUGACAGUGAGGAGGAGAGAGCGCAUCGCCUGGCCCAGCUUCAGGAACAGGUGUGUACACAGUUGAGGGCGGUGCACGAGCAGCUGGCCGCGCUGUCCUCUACGCCUAUCGUCAAGCCCAAGAAGAAGAAAGAAAAGAAAGACAAGAAGAAGAAGAAGAAGCCGGAAAAACACAAGCGGGCCAGGAGCAUGAUUGAGGAUGACGUAGUCAUUCGGCCGCCGAAAACACCAAAACUGUCCAAGACACCAAAGAGCAAGAGCAACAGCAAAGCAGCGACCUCCACUCAGGGCAAGAAGGGCUCCAGUAAGAAGAGCAACAAGAGCAAAUCUUCAAAGAAAUCUCAAGCCGCAUUGUUUAACUCCCUACCCAUGGGCCACGGUGGUCUUACGCCACACUACGACUCUGAGGAAGAGGAGGAAACCAGCCCCAUGAGCUACGACGAGAAGCGCCAGCUCAGUCUGGACAUCAACAGGCUGCCGGGCGAGAAACUGGGCCGCGUGGUCCACAUCAUCCAAUCACGAGAGCCCUCGCUACGGGACACCAACCCAGAGGAGAUCGAGAUCGACUUUGAGACGCUCAAACCGUCCACGCUACGGGAACUCGAGCGCUACGUCAUGAUGUGUUUACGAAAGAAACCACGGAAACCUUAUGUGGCAGUCAAAGGUGCUGCGGGGAAAUCUCGUGAGGAGUUGACUCUGGAGAAGAAGAGAGAACUGGAGAAAAGACUGCAGGACGUCAGCGGCCAGCUUAACUCCGGCAAGAAACCACAGAAAACCAAAGUGGAGAAGCCCACUGCGGUGGAACCCAACGCCAUGGCGUCUCGUCUCAGCGCCAGCAGUUCCAGCUCAGACUCCUCCUCAUCGUCAUCCUCUUCUUCGUCCUCUGACACCAGUGAAUCGGACUCAGACUGAGCCAAUCAAAAGGAACAGACAUGCACUCCAUCCCAGAAUAGAAUAGAUCUCCUGCUCUAAAUAACAAUAACUAGUCGAAUAUGAAUAAGGAAGAGCAGGCUUUCUCUUUAGAUGUGAGGUCAAAGAGAAUUCUGGGAAACGUUGGACGGAGAAGGAACUGAUGGAAAAGCAGGCAUGGGCAUCGUCGUCUAAUUUGGGACUCGUUUCCGUUAGUCCAUCCUUCUUUACCUUGUGUAUAUAAAUGUACAAAGAUAUAUAAAUAUCUAUUUUUCUUUUAUAAAGAAGAAUUUUAAGCAAUUCCCUGGUAGGGAAGAAAACAAACAUCUGACUUUUUCUUUUGUGAAUAUUUUGUUGCUUUGUAUUUUUUUCUCUCCCUCUUGUUUGAUCUAUUAGUUGUCUGUCCUAAAGAAAACAAAAGGCUUGGAUUGGAAACUUGUCACUUUUGUUUGCAUGAGCGAGUGUGUGAUGUGUGUACUCGUGCCAUUGAAUCCAGUGGUUUUCCCGCCCACCCUUGCACAUACAUGAAUGCGUGGCCGCUUGGUUGUGCAUUUGAAUGAAAAAACAAAGCUCCACCUAUUCAAAUGGCAUCUGUACACCCUGAAGUGAGAACAUGGAAUCACGUCAUCCGUCUCUGUUCGUUGGCUUUAGUGGCGUCUUAAAACUUGAAUCUGAUCUUACUUCCAUCCAGCCUGCUUCAAAUCUGCAUUAAAGAAACAGAAUCGUGCUCUUUGAAUUCAGCAGGACUACAUGAGCAUUUGUUUUUCUGGAUGCGUAAAUUAUUUUCCGUUCAUGUGGUUUCGGUCCGGAUUUCUAGGAGUUUCAGAAUGACACAGCUGCUUAAUUUGGUGUUGAUAUGAAUACUGUUUUGUAAAUCUUGGUUUUUGAGUUUUAGUCUGGUUUUGUUUUGUUUUAGUGUGUUUAUUAUUAUUUGCCCAGAGAAUGAAUGCACAAUUUAUAGUUUUAACAUAAUGACCCUCAUUCAGAAAUGUAGUGCUUGGAAAUGUAGGUUCAGUAUCAUUUGCAGUUACACAACAACAAAACCAUUUGAAAUGUUUUUUUUUCUUACAAAACUUGUACAUAUGUAAGUUUCAUGAACUCGCAGCUUGCAUCUGUCAAUAUGACCUGAUUUCUGUUUCCUGCGCUUUUUUUUCUUUCUUUACUCCUGUCUUCAGCUCUUCUGUUUAGUAUUGUGGCUGGUUUUUUCCACAGCUCAUGUUUUUUUUUUUUUUUUUAAGAAAACAACAGCAAAACAUAACGAAAUGAAACCUCAAGCUAUAAGCAUCAUCUCAACAGAUGCUUCAUGCGACCAUUAUUCUCAUCUGAUAAAUGUCACAUUAAUAAAGAGGGUGAGAUGUUCUUAAAACAAAA